AUGGCUGUUGCAGAGUCUGUGUUCACAUCCACUAACCUCACCUUCGGCAACCAAAGCAGCUGCAACGUGCACAACCACCACUUCUCUACCAAAGUCACCUUCUCCCUCUUCUACAUCGCCCUGCUGGUGUUUGGUGCCUGUGGGAAUAUCCUGGCCCUCUGCAUCACCUUCCAGCGCCGGAAGAAGAAAUUCAACUCCACCGACCUCUACCUGGUGAACCUGGCCCUCUCUGAUGCCCUCUUCACCCUGGCACUGCCAGGCAGGAUCGCCUACUACAUCCUGGAGUCUGACUGGCCCUUUGGGGACUGGUUCUGCCGGGUCACAGCUUUCAUUUUCUACAUGAACACCUAUGUGGGCAUCUACUUCAUGACCUGUGUGAGUGUGGACCGCUACAUUGCCGUGGUGCGCACCAGGCACCCCGGCAGGAUUCAGAAGAUGAGCCGUGCCAGGGGCAUCUGUGUCCUCAUCUGGUCCUUGGUGUUCCUGCAGACGGCGCCGCUGCUUCUGCGACCUAUGACGCGGAGGAUGGGGCACAAGCUGACAUGCAUGGAAUACUUCAACUUUGAGGAGAUUCCCAAGCUACCGUACCUGCUCCUGGUGGCCUGUGUGCUUGGCUUCUUCCUGCCUGUGGGCAUCAUCAUGGUGUGCUACGUGAGGAUCAACCUCAAGCUCUGCCAGACAGCUAAGGAGAACCCGCUGACAGUGAAGAACGGACACCACCACCGUGCCUUCACCAUCAUCCUGGUGGUGCUGCUGGCUGUCCUGCUCUGCUUCAGUCCCUACCACAUUAACAUCGUCCAGUUCAUGGUCAGGAAGAUCCUCUACCAGCCAUCCUGCCGCGAGCAGCAAGCCUUCAAGAUGUCCCUGCAAGUCACGGUGGCAUUCAUGAACCUCAACUGCUGCAUCGACCCCAUCAUCUACUUCUUUGCUUUCCGGGGCUACAAGCGGAGGCUGCUCCGCAUCUUCAGGAACAGUGGCUCACUGGCCACCUCCUCCACUGCCAAAACUGCCUCCGAGAGCAACAGCAACAGCCACAGCCAGCCACACUGCUCCAACUCUGUCUAG